AUGAGACCUGGGAACCAGAGCAGCAUGUCCGAGUUUCUCCUCCUGGGGCUCCCCAUCAAUCCAGGGCACCAGGGCAUGUUCUUUGCCCUGUUCCUGGGCAUGUACCUGACCACAGUGCUGGGCAACCUGCUCAUCAUCCUACUCAUAAAGCUGGACUACCGCCUGCACACGCCCAUGUACUUCUUCCUCAGCCACUUGGCCUUCUCUGACAUUUCUCUGUCAUCUGUCACUGUCCCUAAGAUGCUACUGAAUAUGCACACACAGCAACCAUCCAUUCCCUAUGUGGGAUGCAUUUGCCAGUUGCAUUUUUUCACACUUUUCGGUGGCCUUGACAAUUUCCUUCUGGCAGUCAUGGCAUAUGACAGGUACGUGGCCAUCUGUCACCCUCUACACUACACCACCAUCAUGAGGGAGGGGCUGUGUGCACUGUUGGUGGCUGGAUCCUGGAUCAUCUCCUCUGGCAGUGCCCUCUUGCACACCAUCCUCUUGGUCCGACUCAUGAGGCCUGGGAACCAGAGCAGCCUGUCCGAGUUCCUCCUCCUGGGGAUCCCCAUCAGGCCAGAGUACCAGGGAGUGUUCUUUGCCCUGUUCCUGGGCAUGUACCUGACCACAGUGCUGGGCAACCUGCUCAUCAUCCUGCUCAUCAGGCUGGACUCCCGCCUGCACACACCCAUGUACUUCUUCCUCAGGCACUUGGCCUUCUCUGACAUUUCUCUGUCAUCUGUCACUGUUCCUAAGAUGCUAAUGAAUAUGUACACACAGCAACUAUCCAUUCCCUAUGUGGGAUGCAUUUUCCAGUUGUAUUUUUUCAUACUUUUUGGUGGUCUUGACAAUUUACUUCUGGCAGUCAUGGCAUAUGACAGGUACGUGGCCAUCUGUCACCCUCUAUACUAUACCACCAUCAUGAGGGAGGGGCUGUGUGCACUGUUGGUGGCUGGAUCCUGGAUCAUCUCCUCUGGCAGUGCCCUCCUGCACACCAUACUCUUGGUCCGACUGUCCUUCUGUGCCAACAAUGUCAUCACCCACUUCUUCUGUGAACUCACUGUGCUCCUGAAGCUCAGCUGCUCAGACAUUUCCCUCAAUGAGCUGGUCCUCCUUCUCCAGGGGGGAGUGUUUUCUGUCCUGGCUUUAGCUAUUAUUUUAGGGUCAUAUAUUCAUAUAGGAACCAUCAUCCUGAAGGCUCCCUCCACUAAGAAACUCUUGAAAGCCUUUUCUACCUGUGGCUCCCAUUUUUUUGUGGUGUCUUUAUUCUAUGGGACACUUGUAGGUGUUUACUUAUUGUCCUCAUCAUGGGAUUCUAAACACAUAAUUGCUUCAGUCAUGUAUUCAAUAGUUACCCCCAUGCUGAACCCCUUCAUCUAUAGCCUGAGGAACAGAGAUAUAAAGCAGGCCUUAGAAUGUUUGUCAAUUGGGUUAAAGAAGAUAAUAUGUCAGUGA